AUGCUUCAAGGAAUUCGUCAUCAAACAAACUAUCACGUGUCGAACUAUCCAAAACAUGGAGCGUCGAAACUCGUGCCGAUUGCGCCUGCGCCUGAAAGAUAUAAUCACGAAGAAACUGAAAAGAGGAAAUACAACUACAAAAGUAAUCCAUACACUGGUGCUCAAGCUGCUUCGAUUGCAAGAAGAAACGCUAGGGAAAGGAACAGAGUCAAACAAGUGAACGAUGGAUUUAACGCGCUGAGAAAAAGGUUGCCUGCAACCGUCAUAGCCGCACUUUCCGGUGGAGCCAGACGCGGAUCUGGCAAGAAAUUGAGUAAAGUUGACACUCUUCGGAUGGUCGUCGAAUAUAUAAGGUACCUGGAGAAUCUAAUCGACGAAAGUGAUUUUGCGAUGGGGAUAAAGAAGAAUACACAAAUCACCGCUGCAGAUUCAGUUGUCUACGAGGACGAAGGAAUUUUCGAUGGAACAUCUCCAUAUUCGGAUUCGGUGCCUUCGCCUGUCGGUUCCGAGUGUUCUUCGGGAGUGUCAGUUUACUCAUCAAACAACAGUUUUAUUUCAAUUGGAUAUAAAACUAAUGAGCAAAUGACGCCGAUGGACGAAGAUGAUUUACUUGAUACGAUUUCAUGGUGGCAACAAAAGUAG